UAGGCGAAGCUGGCUCUGUAAUUUUAUCUUCAGAAGAGUACUACUACUCUCUCUCUCUCUCUCUCUAGUCUCUUGCCCAUUGCUCCACCGGAGGUGAGGGAAUAUUCUUGAAGAGAAAAUACAUCAAAAUCAAAAGUUUUCUUCUUGAAUUUCUCUCUGGGCUGUAAUUAUGGCGUGCAGGAUUCCACAUUCCACCUUCCUUUUCUUGGGAACCCAGAAAAGGCCGAAUGAGGGCAAUAGAAUCUUCCCACACAGCUCUACUUCUUCAGGUACGAAUAUUCUGAAGUGGGAAAGUCUACCUCGGAGCAUAAGCAAACAGAAGCAAUGUUUUACACCUUUGAGACAGCGCAGAAUCGCGAAAGCUGUGUCUGUAUCGGUGGCACCUUCUUCAUCAGACAAUGCAGAAUACAGACAACAGUUAUGUCAAGACUAUGGUUUUCGACAGAUCGGAGAACCUCUUCCAGAUAAUGUUACAUUGAGAGAUAUAACCGAGACCCUCCCCAAAAAGGUGUUCGAAAUUGACGAUGCAAAAGCUUUCAAAUCUGUGUUGAUAUCCGCAACUUCGUAUGCUUUGGGAAUCUUCAUGAUUGCUAAAGCACCAUGGUAUUUACUUCCUCUAGCUUGGGCUUGGACCGGAACUGCAGUUACGGGGUUCUUUGUCAUAGGACAUGAUUGUGCGCACAAAUCAUUCUCGAAGAAUAAAUUGGUGGAAGACAUAAUCGGAACUCUGGCAUUUCUGCCACUUAUAUACCCUUACGAACCGUGGCGUUUUAAGCACGACAAGCAUCAUGCAAAAACAAAUAUGUUGGACGAGGAUACAGCCUGGCUUCCGAUCGGCAGAGAGGAGUUUGAUUCCUCUCCGGUUUUCCGAAAGGCAAUUAUAUACGCAUACGGACCAUUUCGCCCUUGGAUGUCUAUAGCACAUUGGUUGAAAUGUCACUUCGAUUUAAAAACGUUCCGACCUAAUGAAGUCAACAGAGUUAAGAUAAGCUUGACUGCUGUGUUUGCUUUCAUGGCAAUUGGUUGGCCUUUGAUUAUCUACCAAACCGGGAUUCUCGGUUGGGUUAAGUUCUGGUUAAUGCCAUGGUUAGGUUAUCACUUCUGGAUGAGUACUUUUACGAUGGUCCAUCACACAGCACCUCAUAUUCCUUAUAAAUCGUCGGAUGAAUGGAAUGCUGCUCAGGCACAACUCAACGGCACUGUUCACUGCGAUUAUCCGAGUUGGAUAGAAAUUCUUUGCCACGAUAUCAACGUACACAUUCCUCAUCAUAUAUCUCCCAGAAUACCGAGCUAUAACUUGCGCGCAGCUCAUCAAUCUCUCCAAGAAAACUGGGGAAAGUACAUGAACGAGGCUACAUGGAACUGGCGUUUGAUGAAGACGAUACUAACCGUCUGCCAUGUUUACAACAAGGAGAAAAACUACAUCGCUUUUGACGAAAUUGCCCCUGAAGACUCCCAGCCAAUCACGUUCCUUAAAAAGCUAAUGCCCGAUUACGCUUGAUCUACCGGUAUUCCUUAAGGCCUCUAUAUAUCUCACUUCGCUCUGUACCAUAUAGCCAUAGGCGAUAUCUAUUAUUUUUUUUUCGACGAUUUUUUAAUUUUUAAUUUUUUUUUAAUUAAUAAGUAAAAUGACCUUCAAUUUGCAUGUCAAUGACAAAAUUAGGACAAUAUUCUUUGGAAUUUAAUGAUGGUUGACUCUUAUUAUUAUUAUUAUUA